AUGCUGGUUCUUGCAGAGCUCCAAGACAAGUCUCUGAAUCUGCUCGGCAAGAGGGACUGUUGCCCAUACAUCGUCUUGCAAGAUCUACGAAAAAACCUUUGGCGUAUAUUGACAUCCUUCAACCAGCCUGUCAGAAGUCAUGCCGCUUUCACGUUUGGGCUGGGAGAUGAAACAGCAUCUUCCAGAAUAUCUUGCCACUUCUUUGGCGAAUGUGAUACGGUACUUGCCUGCCGGGAUGAUUGGACUCCGUUGUCUACUGGUCUUGUGCCCGACACGUCAAAGAGCUUUGGUGGCGUUUUUGAUAUUUGA